GUUUAUGAAAAGUACAGUAAUGUUAAAUGAGUUUUUAAUCAAAUGUUUUGUUGUUUUCAACGCUUAAUGACUCAAAUCGCAAGAAUUGGUUUCGAAAUACGUGUGAAAUAUUUGGUUGUAUUUGAAUAAAAGAGUGAAUAAUUUGAAAAUACAAGUCGUGUUGAAGUGAAACCUAAGAAUGGAAGCAACGGAUCAAUUGAAGUAUCGGUUUCUUGUGUUGGGAGAUUCGUGUCGAAAGGCGUUUGAAGACGACAUAGGAUUUGAUUUUGUGAUUAACUUGGCGUCUGAAACCCGUUGCGGACAUUCAGACGCUGUCUACGAAGAAGGCGUUUACAAACUGUCCAUCAAUUGUGCCAAAGAGGCCGCAAAACAAAGAGUUAAGAGAUUUGUGGAGAUUUCGAGCGCAGAGUUUGAAUGCGAGUCCACAACAGGUCUGCAAGAGUCGAGUCCUCAACUCAAGCCAUUGACUCCUUUGGCUAAAUAUAAACUCAAAGUCGAAAAUGAAUUGAAAGAAAUCCAAGAUUUAGAUUAUGUUGUCCUACGACCGGCUCUCGUCUACGGAAUGGGCGACAGAAUCUCAUUAAUGCCACGAAUUGUCAUUUCAUGUGUUUAUAAAUAUUUGAAUGAAUCGAUGAAACUUUUGUGGCAAAAAGACCACAAACUCCAUACAAUUCACGUCCAGGACUUGUGUUCUGCCGUUUGGUUUUGUUGUCUGAACGGCAAACCCAAUGAUAUCUAUAAUGUGGUCGAUAUGGGAGAUACCACUCAGGGAUCUCUUAACCAAAUCUUAUGCGAUAUCUUCGAUAUUCAUUGCGAUUAUUGGGGAAAUAAUAUGUCGAAAAUCAUCGUUAAAUCGAAAGGUAUUGAAGAAUUGGUGGAAGAGAUCAACGAAAAGCAUUUGUUAGGAUGGAGUGAAUUGUGUGGUCAACACAACAUCACAAACACUCCAAUCAAUCCAUACUUAUAUAAAGAGAUGCUUCAGAACUACUCCUUGUGUUUGAAUGGAGAGAAACUCAAGAGUUUGGGUUUUACUCAUAAAAGACCAAAAAUGACUAAAGAAUUGAUUUUAGAGAUAAUCAAAGACUAUAUGGAAAUGCAAUUAUUCCCAAAAAUUCUGUAA